UCAGUCUUGUACAUCUCAUUGGGGAGCUUUCUAUCAACUUCAACUGAACAAAUGGAUGAAUUAGUAGCUGGGGUGCGCGAUAGUGGUGUUCGGUACCUGUGGGUGUCACGAGGGGACACAUCUUGGUUAAAGGAUGGCUGUGGGGAUAAGGGACUAGUGAUUCCUUGGUGUGACCAAUUAAGGGUGUUAUGUCAUUCUUCUGUUGGGGGGUUUUGGACGCAUUGCGGGUGGAAUUCAACCCUUGAGGCUGUUUAUGCUGGUGUUCCAAUGCUUACUUUUCCUAUAUUCUGGGAUCAAAUCCCCAACAGCAAGCAAAUAGUAGAGGAUUGGCAGAUUGGAUGGAGAGUGAAGAGAGACAUAGGAAGUGAAAAUCUAGUAUCGAGGCAAGAAAUCGCGGAGAUUAUACAGAAGUUUAUGAAUUUGGAAAAUGAUGAAGGAAAGGAAAUGAGGAGAAGGGCUAGAGAACUUGGAGAAGCAUGCCGUGGGGCUUUUGUGAAAGGUGGAUCAUCUGAUGUUAACCUUGAUUCUUUCAUUAAGGAUCUUUCAAAAGUCCAUGUUCGUUAAAAUUUCUAGAAUUUGAAUUUGCUUGUAUUGCCAUUACCAUUUCCUCUCUCAUGUUGUUGAUGUGGCUUUCUGCAUUUUGUUUUAAUGAAUAAUAAAUGAACCAAUGUUUG